AUGCUAGCUCAGUGUGUAAAACAUGUAGAAACAUUCAUGAUGCCUGCCCCUGCCAAGUCGGUGCCGCCCCGUGCGCAUUCGAUGUCUCCGGCUCCUGCCUACAGCGCAGGACAGUCGGUACUGGUCGGGCAGUGGGAAACUCAUUCUCCCGCCCGUGCCUCUGCAAUUGAGAAGCUGCAUGCGUUUGCGGCUUCAGCACAGGUCGAUUUAAAAGUCAGUAUAUGUCUGCAUGCCACUCAUGGCACUGUGGGCAUGUUGCCUGACAAGCGAGCGAUGCUGUGUCAUAAGAUUGCUGAACAGGCUCGCCCGGCACGGACGGCUCGAGAGGUGAUUGCACAUGGUUUUUUCAAUUCGAGAAGGACGGUUGUUGACUUCGCACCACUCGGACAGGCAGGCACCGUGCUCAAGGUGAUGCUCGGAGUUCCCAGCGCGUUAAUGCUGCAGUCGGCUUAG